AAACCUUGUCUUAAGGAGAUUCCUUGCUCCACUCUCAUUUUAGUGUGCUAGUGGUGUCAGUUAUAUAAGUAAGGGGUGGUGAAGGGGAUAGUUCCCACUUGUGAAUCAUCAUUAUCAUUAUUACCAAGCUUCUCUACAAAACCAAAACCUCCAAGCCCUUAACUUUUGAGUCAAAAUUUAUCAUUUCAAAGCACUCUCCAAUAGGGAUAAGUUUGUGUCAUCCCAGUUGGUUGGUUGGUUGUAACCCCUGCUCUGGCACUGGUAAAGGUUUCAAUCUCAUUGUUGCCAGCUUUUGUGUACAUGCUAGUUUAUAACAACCUUUACCACCUUCUUUUAAACCAAAACCCUCCAGAACAAGCUUUUUUCCCUCAUUGUCUCAAAGAAAGAAAAAAAAUGGCCCCUUCUGGAAGGACAACAACAGCAUCAACAAGGACAACUUCAAAGACAACAAGAAGAACAAGACAGCAGAGAAGAACAACAAACUUCAAGAAGAAGCAGCAACAGCAGCACAACACAAAGAGCAACAACAACAAAAAACAACAAGAAGAGGUUCCUGUUCCAACUGUUUUGCCCUCCAGCUACUGCAGCUCCUCCUCCAUAAGCUCACAAGACUCUUCUAAUUCAAAGGAAGUGGACAACAUGCAUGGUUCUGCUGAGGUGAUUGAUGUUUGCAACAGUCCAUGUUCCACACCAAAGGGUAAAAAAUUCAGGAUUCCUGAGAUUUCAACAUGCCCUCCAGCACCUAAGAAGCCUAGGGUUCUCUCCAAUUGCUCUUUGCGUAGGUCUCCACUCUCAUUCUUUGCACCCCCUGACUUGGAGCACUUCUUCUUUGUGGCACUUAGAGAUGUCUCGGUUUGAUUUUGUGUGUGUUAAUAGAAGAUUAAGAAAGAUACAUGUGUUAUAGCAAUAAGAUCAUAACACUUUAGAAGAUGGACUUUUGAAGUGGUUUUUAAGUAUCUUAUUAUGUACCUCUAGCAAAUGAAAGAGGUAUGCUUUCAGAACUUUAGAUUUUGGUGUGUUCAUCUUAGGAAAAUAGUUACUCUUUAAUUUCUACUAAUUUUAACAAUUUGUAGGGUUUGCCAUUCACUAAAUUUAGCUGGGGUGGCUCUCCAACUAAAUUUGGAUUUUAAGCUUCUUUUUUUUUCUCCUUUUAUAGAAGACAUGUUCUGACCUUUAAGUGUGUGCUGAGUGCAAAUGUAAUGGGUUUGGUUUAAGGUUUGUGAGUGUUCAAGCUUGCAACUCUACAAAGCUUCAGUUGCCAAUUAGAGAAAGCAAAGUCAUACACUUUCCUUUUGUAUGCAAAAAUCUCUUUAUUUUUCUCUUCUUCUACUUCUCUCUGUUGCAUCACUUGUUGGUAGUGAUUAAUGAUCAUUUUAGUUUCCAACA